AUGGCCCGUGACGGAAUCGCUGCGCUCAGCGCACCAGAGGAUCGAUCAUUCCACAAUCGCUUUCGUUCCGGCUCUCCGCUCGCCGAAAGAGCCAUUGCCCGCGAUCUGGAGCAGUACGCCCAUGAUGCGGAUUCGGCUUCUCCCGCCGACGAUGAGGCUUCCGAGAUUUCGACAAUCCGUCCCGUACGCAGCCAUCCCGGCACCGCGUCUCAUUCGCUGGCUGGCUCUUAUCAGCGACCCAGCUUCUUUACUACAGUAUCGCAUGCGACAGUCGUUCCGUAUCCGUACCAGACGGAAAACAACGAGGGUCUUACUUGGAGGGAGCGGGUUGAGGCGAUUGAGGAUGAAAGAGACCUUCUGACCGACAACCACUUUCUCGAGCCGGCUCCGACGACUAAGUCUCGAAGGGGCUCGCGAGCUCCUGUAGAUGAAACCACUUCUUUGCUGGGUAGACGGAGGGGUUCUGCGCAUAGUGCGCGGGAUGUGGAAGACAUUGAUCGCAAAUGGGAGGAAGCCGUUAUUGCAGGAAUGAUCCAGACCACGUGGAGACGUGAAGCGAUGGUAAUUGGGAAGAAUGCGGCUCCUUUAGUGGUCACAUUCCUGCUUCAAUAUUCUUUGACCGUAGCUAGUAUUUUUACCCUCGGUCAUCUGGGCAAGACGGAGCUGGGCGCGGUUAGUCUUGCAAGUAUGAGUGCAAGUAUCACGGGCUAUGCAGUUUACCAAGGCUUGGCGACAAGCUUAGACACUCUUUGUGCGCAAGCAUAUGGUUCUGGCAAGAGAAAACUCGUCGGUCUCCAGAUGCAGAGAAUGGUUGCCUUUCUAUGGGUCAUCACGAUUCCAAUUGCCUUACUUUGGUUCUUUGCCGACAAGGUCUUGGUCAGAAUUGUACCCGAAAGGGAGGUGGCUGAGCUGGCUGGUUUGUACUUGAAAGUGGUCAUUCUGGGUGCUCCAGGGUACGCUGCCUUUGAGAGCGGCAAGCGAUUUGUUCAGGCACAGGGCAUAUUCUCAGCGUCGCUAUAUGUCUUGCUGAUAUGCGCUCCGCUUAACGCCCUUAUGAACUGGCUCUUCGUCUGGCAAUUUGGCUGGGGCUUUAUUGGCGCUCCCAUCGCCGUAGCCAUCACGGACAACCUCAUGCCUCUGUUCCUCUUCCUCUACGUAUACUUUGUUGGCGGGUCAGAAUGCUGGAAUGGACUGACCAAACGCGCCCUCAGCAACUGGGGCCCGAUGAUCAAACUCGCCCUUCCAGGUCUCCUUAUGGUGGAAGCCGAAUGCCUUGCCUUUGAAGUCUUAACUCUUGGAUCGUCAUACCUCGGCACCGGCCCUCUAGCCGCACAGUCUGUUCUAGCCACUGUCUCCUCCAUCACCUUCCAGAUUCCAUUCACUCUCUCCAUCUCCGCCAGCACUCGCGUCGCCAACUUAAUCGGCGCUACCCUCGUUGACGCCGCCAAAACCACAGCCAAGGUCGCAAUGUGGGGAGCUGUCAUUGUUGGCCUUGGCAACAUGGUCCUCAUCUCAUCGCUACGCUACUACAUCCCGCAGCUUUUCACGUCAGAGCAAGAAGUCAUUGAGCUUGUCGCGCAGGUCCUCCCCUUCUGCGCCGCGUUCCAGCUCUUCGACGCCCUCGCUACAAACUGCAAUGGGAUCCUGCGUGGUCUGGGCCGCCAGGAAAUCGGAGGCUAUGUCCAGCUCUUCUGCUACUAUGCUAUUGCCAUGCCGAUUAGUUUUGGCACGGCUUUUGGCCUGGAUUGGGGGCUUUUCGGGCUGUGGAGUGGUGUUGCAAUUGCGCUUUGCCUUGUUAGUGGUAUUGAGGCGGUGUUUUUGACGCAGACGGAUUGGAAUCGCUCGGUCGAGGACGCGGUUAGGAGGAAUGCGGCGGCGUAG